UUAUGAACUUAGGCGUUUUAAGAAGUAAAUAAGAUAGUUUUUUGACACUUAAAGGGUCAAUCCCAUGUCCUUCCCUCACCUCCCUUUGUCGGCUCUCCGACACCAGGGCCAUAACAAGCGAAAAGAGAAAUUCACAGAGAUGUCGGAGCCACUCCCACAAGAACUUCAUAUUGACAUCCUGGUAAGUUUACCCGUGAAAUCACUUUUACGAUUCCAAUGUGUUUCCAAAUCGUGGAAAUCUUUGAUCGGUAGCACUGAUUUUAUAUCCAUGCACACCAAGCACAAUGAGAGCACCGACAAUUAUGCUCACUUAGUUGAAGGGGACUUAUAUCGGACUGGCAAGAAGGAGGAGAAAGACUUCAGAGGUGAAUUACACCAGUUCGAUAAUUUCUUCUGUGAAUUUAAAAAAAUUGAAUUUCCAUCUCAGACUGAAGAUGGAUGUUUUGGAACAGUCCUUGACUGUAAGGGAUUGCUACUUUUCACCGAUCCAUGGGUAUUGAAUGGCGAUCGUUUCGAACGCUUUAUUCUAUGGAACCCUGCAGCUAGACUGACUAUGACUCUCCCUACACCUUGCAUUGAUAUACCCAACCUCAACUUCUCUGCUCACGGGUUCGGUUUUGAUGAUGAAAGUAGUGAUUACAAGGUGCUGAGAAUGGUUUAUGGAUAUAAUGGUAGAUAUAUAGCGGAGGCUGCGGAGCUAUUUAAACUCCGUACAGGCGCUUGGGAGACUGUUAGUGCCAUCGACGACUUUCACUAUGUUAUACCUAAACCUGAAAUAUAUACGCGCCCUUCGCACCGUGCGCAGGCUUUCGUAAAUGGGGCUACCCAUUGGGUUGGAUAUCAUUCGAGGUUUCUGAAGUACCCCCACAUACAAAAAGAAUUGGUGGUCCUGUUGUUUCGUAUGUCUAGCGAGGAAUUCCGAGUGAUGAAGCUUCCGGAUGUUAUAACUGUAAGUAAAUUCUCUUCUAUUUCUCUUGGGGUCUCUGGUGGAUUGCUCUCUGUGAUACAUUAUAAUGGAGUACUGCGUGGCAAUGGGAGUUAUAAUGGUUGCUGCGUUUGGUUGAUGAAAGAAUAUGGCGUAAUAGAGUCUUGGACUAAACAAUGCACUAUUGAUUUAAGGGAUGAGGGAGGGUUGUGGGAGACAAUCAGUUUUAGGAACAAAAGAGUUUUGCUUGUAAUUGUGAGCAAGAGAAAAAACUCGAAAAAGCUGGGCUUAUAUGAUCCCAAGACCAAUAGAUUCCUUCAUCAUGGAAUUAGAAGCAGGAGCUGUUUGAAUAUUAUGAAUACAUACGUAGAAAGUCUAGUUUUACUCGAUCAAAAAGUAAAUGCUGUGCCAGACUACUAGACUUCUUCAAGGGGAAAGGAUGCGCGCGGCUCACAGAAUGGCUCGAAAAGGCUUAAGGUAAUAAGCACAAUAAAAUAUGAAAGAAAAUGUUGUUAGACAAUUAAUUGGCACUAGUCCUUACGACCCCCUGCUAUUAUUCAAUAUGUUAAAUCUUUUAUUAUGAAGUCUGCGUUGGGUGAGAACGGUUGAAGCUGUUGUUCUCGGGUAUGCUAAUGGGCAGUUGUAUUUGUUCUUUGUUCUUUUUCAA